CAGGCAAACAAAUGACAAACAAAAACCAUAAUACUAAUGCGAUAAAAGUAACCCAUCGGGAGUAGUGGCUCCUCUGGGUCUUUGGAAAUACGCGUGGAAAACACUUUGUCUUGGAAUUCCAAAAAAACAGGAAGAAAAAAAAUGGAUGCUAAAUGCGUAGUUCUACGGCGAUUGCCACGACGAGCCGUCGCUGGCCUCUUUCUCACUACGAGUACCCGCCGCUACGACCUGGCCAGGGCUUCCUCCAGCUCGUCGUCGAGGGUCAUCCYGGAAGACCGCUCGGCCUCGUGGCGCCGCACCGCGAGGUAGGCCUUUGCCAGGCGGGGGCCCAUCGUCUCCGAAAGGGUGGCGUCCUUUUCCAGGUGGUCSAGCGCGUCCRAGAGGGUCUCCGGCAGCAGCGGYCCCCUUUGGUCCUUCGAGAGGGGCGGCCGCAGCUCCAUCCCCCYGGCGAUCCCGUCMAGGCCGCUCGAGAGCACGGCCGCCAGGCCGAGGUAGGGGUUGCAGGAGGCGUCGAAGAGCUUGAGCUCCACGUGGUCCCACUCRCCGGUGGCGAGGUUGGAACACACCCGGACCCCCGCCUCCUUGUCUUCCAGGGCCCACCCGACGCGGCUCCCCGUCCAGCACCCGGGACCGACCCUCCGAAAGGAAUUGGCGGUCGGCAUCGUCAGGCCGAGGAGGCCCGGCAGGUGGUGCAGGAUCCCCUCGACCAGGGAGGACCCCCUUUGUGCGAGGGAGUCUCCCUCGCAAAAGAAAGGGGCUCCCGUGGUGGCGUCCGAGACGGACAGGUGCACGUGCAUCCCGUUGCCCGCCCUGGCCGCGUCGUACUUUGGCAGAAAGAGGGCCUUGUGCCCGUGCGACCGCGCCAGGGCCCGGAUGGUCUCCCUYGCCAGCAGCAGGCUGUCGGCGAGGCCGACGGGGUCGUCCGAGUGCUCGAGAACGACCUCGAGCUGGCCCGGGCCGGACUCGGCGUGGACGAGCUCCACCGGGACGUACUGCCUUUUGAGCUGAUCGUAGAGCUCGCCGACAAAGUCCUCCCGCUCGUUGAGGAUGGUCGUGCCGGCAAAGACCGACUCAUCGACAAACUCGUGCGUUUUGGCAUCGACGAGGCAAAACUCGAGCUCGACUCCCACCGACUGCACGAACGGAACGCAACGCAACGAAUCCGCGACAAACAAAACAAGUGGAACCAAAACAAAACGUGCAAAAACAAACAAAAAGCGUGAGCUUCGCUGCCACUCGAACGGGGACMAAACAAGGCAAUCGCGGGCGGGUCCCAGAGAAAGAAUACUUCGACACGUACAAAGAUUAGGUUGUGCUCGUUUCUGGCUCGCUCCACCACCAUCCCCAGCAGGCUCCGCGUGCAGAGCGGGCUCGUCUCGUGCGUGUACUGGUCGACCGARGAUCCCAUCACCAUGGCCGACCUGGGGGCAUAGGGCAGUAUCCGAAAGCUCCCCAUGUCGGGCCUCAGAACGAGGACGUCGGACGCCGUCAGCCCCGUGCCGGCGAUGGCGACGUCUGCGUAGGAGGGGAGGCCGGCGUAGCAGAUCUCGGCGAUGGAAACCUGGUGGUCCAGGACCGAAUGCGAACGCGAAUGCGAACGCGAAUGCGAUGGCCCGCGGGCACGGUUGCCCCCGCGCUCCUUCCGGCGGAGCAGGUGCUCCACCGGUUUGGCUUUGCACCGAAUGUUGUUGAAGGCGUCUACCGUGCAGUAUCGAAGAAACUGCACCCCGCUGA